AUGAUAUCAGCCACGAAAUACGCGCGACUCGCAGAGGAUGAGAAGUCUUGCCUUGACCUAGAGCGCUGUAGAGACAGUGUUGAAAGUACUGUCAUCAAGAAAGAUAAUGGAUACGAUGACGGAUGUAUUCCUGAAGUUGACGAUGAGGAGGAAGACAGGAUACGUGGUUGGUCUUGGGUACUCAUAGUCGCUGGAGUGGCAUCUGCGAUGUUCUUCUACUGCUUGGAUAAAAGCAUCACAACAAUCCUCAUUCCAGUCAUCGUAAGCGAGCUUGGCGAAGCGUCCAAGUUGCCCUGGGUUUUUGUUGGUUUUGGGCUGGGUUCCCUAUCACUUACUCUUCCCAUUGGCAAGAUUUACAGUCUUUUCAACGCCAAAAUUCUGUAUCUAGGUUUUCUCGGAAUCUUCAUGCUCGGCUCAGCCCUUUGCGGUGCAGCAUGGAAUAUGGAUGCAUUGAUCAUUGGACGAGUCCUUGCAGGAGUGGGAGGUAUUGGAGUGUAUACCGGAAUCAUGACAUUCUUGACGUCUCUGACAACCGAGAAAGAAAAACCUGUGUACUUGGGAGUCAUCGGACUUUUCUGGAGCAUCGGUCGAGUCAUCGGUCCACUCUUUGGGGGUGUACUAGGUAGAGACUCAUGGCGAUGGGCGUUUUACAUCAACCUGCUUGUCUGUGGCGCUUUCUCUCCAGUCUAUAUCUACCUCCUUCCAAGCUUGCCGUCAAAAUCCAAAACAGCUCUACAUGCACGACUACAGAACUUCGAUUCCCUAGGGGCAGGUUUGAGCAUUUGUACAAUCAUCACGUUGUUUACCAGCAUCAACUCUGUUGGGACUCGCUUUCCAUGGGGUAGCCCCUUGAUGAUCGGGAUGUGCUCCUUGGCAGUCACAUUCUUAGCAUUAUUCUCAUCACAGCAAUUGUUUUGCUUCAGAACGACGCCAGAAGAUCGGAUAUUUCCUGUCAAUAUGAUUUUCAACCGGCAAGUCUUACUGGUUUUCAUAAUCGGUUCAGCGAGUAGCAUCGCAGCUUUCGUACCAGCGAACUUCAUCUCCCUAUAUUUCCAAUUCACAAGGGGAGAUUCUGCAUUGGAUGCGGCACUCAGACUGCUACCUAUGAUUAUUGCGAUGUCUGCUGUAAUGCCAUUCUCUGGAUAUCUGAUGCCCAAGAUUGGUCAUCUGGAAUGGUGGCCCUUUGUGGGAACCCUGAUUGCACUGCCAGGCUUUGUUUAUAUGGUUGGUCUUCAUGUUCAGUCAUCACCGGCUUUAAUUUACAUUUCCGAAGCCUUGAUAGGCGCAGGAAUGGGAACUUAUAUGCAGAUUCCAUAUACUCUGGUCGGACCAUACAUUCGCAAGGAUCAAAAACAGGAGGCAAUGAGCUUCGUGAUCAUCUCUCAAGUUGGGGGAAUUGCUUUCUCCAUGUCAAUUUCCACAGCAAUCUUCACCAAUUUGGCUACAUCAUGGCUGAAAGCCCAACUACCGGAGAUGUCUUCAUCCAGUAUAGAGAGACUGUUAUCGGGAACAAGCAGGUCACUUGAUGGUUUCUCAUCGUCGAACCUGGGCGAUGUUCUAGAUAUCCUUGUGGAUGCCAUGCAGCCUGCAUGGAUUAUCACUCUCGCGGCUGCAAUUGCGGUUAUUUUGGCGGCAGCGACGCUGAUUUACCAGUCAAUCGCAAGAAGUAGAGGUUCUGUAAAAUAA